ACCACCGACCUCUGACCCCUGUACUCCCUCUUCAUCAUCAUCCCAUUGCGGAACAACUUCAACGUGGGAUACUUGGUGAUGCGGUACCGCUGGGCAAUGUCGGCUGCACAUUCAUGAGAAGGGAACGGAGCCGGGAUCAGGGCAGGUAGGAGAUCUGGACGUGUCUUCACUCCAACCAAGGAUGCACUGAACUGGGAAACAUCUGCUAAAGUCUGCCCUUCACCACAGCCAUGGCGGCGCUGACAUCUAGCCCAGGUCCUGCCUCUGUGGGCUCCCAGGUUCACGCUGCAGCGGUUAAUGGAGAUCGGAGCGCUCUCCUCAAACUCAUUACAGCAGAGCCAUCGCUGCGGGACCGUGAGGACCAGUUUGGCCGGACCCCUCUGAUGUACUGUGUCCUGGCUGACCGCCUGGACUGUGCAGAGAUUCUGCUGAAGGCUGGAGCCUCAGUCAACAAGACGGACCAAAGCCAACGGAGCGCUCUACACCUCGCUGCACAGAAAGGGAACGUCCGUUUCCUGAAGCUGCUGUUGUCUAGACGCGCCAACUGGCUGCAGAAAGAUUUGGAGGAGAUGACUCCGCUCCACCUGGCUACGCGACACCCCUCCCCAAAAGCCCUCGCCUUACUGCUCAAACACAUCGGUCCUGGAGAGGUUGACACACAAGACAAGAACAAGCAAACCGCUCUGCACUGGUCAGCAUUUUAUAACCGACCAGAACACGUUCGUCUCCUGAUCAAGCACGAUUCCAACAUUGGCAUCCCAGACAGUGAGGGCAAGAUCCCGCUGCACUGGGCUGCACACAGUCAAGAGCCCAGCGCCACACAAACCGUCCGCUGUAUUCUGGAGGCAGCUCCCACCGAGUCCCUGUUGAACUGGCAGGACUACGAGGGUCGGACCCCCCUGCACUUUGCUGUGGCUGAUGGUAACGAGGCCGUGGUGGAGGUGCUGACAUCGUACGAGGGCUGCAACGUGACCGCUUAUGAUAACCUCUUCAGAACGCCGCUGCACUGGGCGGCUCUGCUCGGCCACGCCAAAAUUGUCCACCUCCUUCUCGAGAGAAACACAUCUGGCACAAUUCCAUCUGACAGCCAGGGGGCGACACCUCUGCACUAUGGUGCACAGAGUAACAAUGCUGAGACAGUUGGAGUCUUUCUGUCCCACCCCUCAGUUAAAGAUGAACCCGAUCUGGAGGGUCGGACGGCCUUCAUGUGGGCUGCUGGGAAAGGCAGCGACGACGUGAUCCGUACCAUGUUGGCCCUCACCCCUCAGAUUGACAUCAACAUGGCUGACAAGUAUGGAGGCACUGCUCUCCAUGCAGCCUCGCUGUCGGGUCACGUGAGCACAGUGAAGCUGCUGUUGGAGAAGGGAGCCAUGGUCGACUCUCUGGACGUGAUGAAACACACGCCACUGUUCCGCGCCUGUGAGAUGGGCCACCGAGAUGUUAUACUCACACUCAUCAAAGGUUCUGCACAAGUGGAGCUGGUGGACGUGGAUGGUCACACUGCUCUGCACUGGGCUGCGCUGGGAGGAAACGCUGAGGUUUGCCAGAUACUGAUGGAGAACGGGAUCAGUCCUAAUGUACAGGACCAGGCAGGGCGGACACCUCUGCAGUGUGCUGCCUACGGCGGCUACAUCACCUGCAUGGCUGUUCUCAUGGAGAACAACGCUGAUCCAAACAUACAGGACAAGGAGGGCCGGACUGCUCUCCACUGGUCUUGUAACAAUGGCUACCUGGAUGCUGUGAAACUGCUGCUGGGCUACAACGCCUUUCCGAAUCACAUGGAGCACACGGAGGAGAGGUACACCCCUCUGGACUAUGCCCUGCUGGGGGGCCACAGUGAGGUGACCCAGUUCAUGCUGGAGCAUGGCGCCCUCUCCAUCGCUGCCAUCCAGGACAUCGCCGCUGCCUCCAUCCAGGCCAUCUACAAGGGCUACACUGUUCGCAAGGCCUUCAGGGAGAGAAAGCAGCUCCUCAUGAGGCACGAGCAGCUGCGCAAGGAUGCAGCCAAGAAACGUGAAGAAGAACAGCGGAGGAGAGAAGCCGUGCAGCAGGUCAUGGGGUCAACGACGGAGAAAAGGAAGACCUCUCCGGUGAAGACAGGAGAUCAGGAGCAGCUCUCCUUGGUCAACAUGAUAGAAAACUUGUCCAUGAAGGACUCGACAGUGGAAAAGAAGAAGUCUUCUAAGUCUGAAUGUGUGAGGAGCAAAGAGGAACGGCAGAAAGAGCGCAGGAGCAGAUCUUCUAGAAGAACUAAAGCAGCCGAGCCCUCGGAGGCUUUGAGUCACCACAGCCACUUAAGUCCUGUAACAGCAUCUGGUUCUUCCCAGAACACGAGGCUGAAGGAACUCCCAUUACCUACUGGCUGCAGUCAACCCUCAACCCUUAAACCCAGACCCCCCUCCAAACCCAAAAUCAGGGAACGUCCUGUUUCCACCAAAGGCACUACCCCAUCAGGUGUUUCCUCCAUGGACCACUCUGAGGACGUAUCUGUCAUAAUGAGUAAGAGAGACACACACGUGAACGUGCAGAGUGCCCUCACCAAGACUGACGCACAUGUGACUCAGAAAAAACAUAGAAACCACAGAGAACACACGUCUGAAAGGAGCUCUACCAAAGACCAAAGUUCGAUGGCCUCAGUGAGAAUCGGCUCUCCGUUAGACCACAAAGACCCCGCGAGAAAGACCAGCACACAUGCACUUGUUUCAACGCACGGACACAGGGGACACGACCGGGAGCUACGCAGCAGGAGGAACGACGCAGCGCGCAUCAUUCAGCAGACCUGGAGAAGUUUUUGUGCACGCAGACAGAAGGAGGUAAAAGUGGAGCUGAACCACGGACACAGCAAGAAGAAGCUGGACAACAGAGGGCUACCUGCUAAAACUGCUACCAGUAAGAGCUCUGUCCUUCAGAGUAUCUAUGGAAACUCCAUGGCUCGACGAGGGCGUUCGUUGCGGGGAUCACAGUCGCAGCUUCUCCAGGACGUACCACUGCGCACCCAGAGUCAGUUGAGCAGUAUCGACUGUGUACACCUGACUGAUGUCUUGGAUCAGGCCAAGCAGUUCUCUUAUCACCUGAGGCCACAAAGCGCUGGACAGGGGAACAGAGGACGUGGAAAACAUUGAAGACUCAAUACACACACACACACACACACACUGGGGAUGUGUUAGUUCUUCACAUAGACCAGGUCUCUUUACCUUAAUUUUAACAAUUACAAAUCCAUGCCCAGUACCGGCAAUCUGAUAAUAAUUCUAAUCCUAACUCCAGACCAAUUUUGAACCUCCUGUCCCCACAUGUAAACCUAUACCAGAUAUACCCAACGAACACACACAUACGAACUCGUGCAGCUAUUCUUUGCAGGACUUUGCAUUGACUUGCAUAUAUUUGUACAACUUAACCAGAACUUUACCCCAGACUCUAACCAUUACCAGUUACCAAACCUUGAGCCUGGGAACUGAGGUUCUGCCUCACUGGGACUAGGGUUUGGUCUUCACAUGGGCCGCCAGUAACAAUGUCAGGUAAAACAUUACAAAUACACACACGCACACACACAGAGUUGAGGUUCGUUGAUGUUUUCUCAGCUGACUGUCCGACUCACCUCCAUAGAAUAAGGAUACACAGCGAUUGUGCCAAGCUUUCUAAAAUUAAGCUGUAUGACAUCAGAGACAUGAACUCACAGGGUGGGGUCAAGUCUACAGAAACGGUGUGUGUAAAAGAUAACCUUUCAUCCAUUGUGGAAAACACACACGCGCACACACACUUCAGCUCCCUGGUUCUCCAUCACUCUGGCACACACACUGAGAUAACCUUUCCUCCUGCUGUGGAGAAUGAGGUAGUCUAUCAACAGCCAGUCAUACAGAUAGCCCACCUGCAGACACACACACACACACACACUCUACUUAAACAUCAGUUCUGGUCUUUAAAUGCUCCUCUCCCUCAAGACAAACGUAUCUUUUAACUAAGCCGUUGUUCUUUCUGUUUUUGUUUUUUUUUUUACUUAAAUUUAUAUUUGCACAGAAACGUAAUUAGACUUAUUAAUGUAAAAUAUAAAAAUAAAAACAAACAGAACAGUUAAUUUCAGAUGGCCUUUCUUUAUUCAUUGUUUCUCUGUUAUUUAUUUUAUCACCUUGGUAGGAUCUUGACAGUACUCUGCAGAGAGAGGUGUGUCUCAGGGCGUCUGCUCAAGUCUCUGUCUUUGUUGAUGGUGAGAGUUGAACUGAAGUCACUCUGGAGGAUUAGUUUAUACCGCAUUUUACC